UCCAUUUAAUAAUAAUACGGCAUGUAAACCACGAUAAGAUAAAUUGUUUCUCUUCUCUGCAAAAAGGCGUGUCCUAUUGAAAACAUAUUUUGGGGAAAAAAAGUAUAAGAAGAUUGAAAUCAAAUUGAGCCCUAAAGAUCUCUCGUCGGACGCGGAGAGUUUCACUUUCACCCUUCGGUUCUCGAUGUCAGCGUUUGACAAUGUUGUUGGUGGGAAAUUGAAGUUGAAGGGAAAAGCACUGGAUGUGGCUGGUGGAGUGAAGAAGAAGAAAAAGAAGAACAAGAGAAAUCAGGAACAACUUCUGCAAGUCGCCGAAGAUGAAGUUUCAGCAGGUGGAAAUACAGAACAGGCCAAAGAUCCUAAUGAUGGAGAUAUAAAUGAUGUGAGUGAAUUAAGCGGGAAAGGGAAGACAGCCCAUUAUGAUGAUCAUCUUACACCGGCGGAGAGGCGAUACAUAGAGCAGAGGGAGCAACUUGAUGUUCACAGAUUGGCUAAGAUUUCUAAUAAAUCUCACCGUGAUAGAAUUCAGGAUUUCAACCAAUAUCUUGCAAACAUGAGCGAGCAUUAUGAUAUUCCUAAAGUUGGUCCUGGAUGAUUCAAUGAAGGCCAAUCCUUAUCAUUUGUAUUUGUUCGUUAAUACUACUAUUAAUGCCGUGUGCCCGCACAAUGGUUAUUGUCACUGCUUAUUGAUACUCUGUUUUGGAUUAAGCUAUAUUUCAUAUGAUAGAUAUAUUUGGUUUCUCCUCCUGUGGAUGGAUAAGUA